AUGCUAAACAGGAUAAUCAAGUUCAAAAAUGAAUACAACCCGGACCCCAUAAAUCAACUUGGCUUCGCUAAAGGAGCUCAAACAUAUGACCACAUACUCACACUCAACACCAUUACGUCUAAAUACAAAAAGCUCAAGGUUCCCGUCUAUGCUGUUUUCGUGGACUUCCGGAAAGCUUUCGACUCUGGCUGUGUUCGCCAACUUCGUGUUCCCCGCCCUCUUGUUCCCCGCCCUCUUGUUCCCCGCCCUCUUUUUCCCCGCCUUCGUGUUCCACGCCUUCGUGUUCCACGCCCUCUUGUUCCCCACCCUCUUGUUCCCCGCCCUCUUGUUCCCCGCCCUCUUGUUCCCCGCCCUCUUGUUCCUCACCCUCUUGUUCCCCGUCCUCGUGUUCCCCGCUCUCUUGUUCCCCGCCUUCGUGUUCCCCGCCCUCUUGUUCCCCGCCCUCCUGUUCCUUGCCCUCUUGUUCCUUGCCCUCUUGUUCCCCGCCCUCUUUUCCCCGCCCUCGUGUUCCCCGCCCUCGUGUUCCCCGUCCUCGUGUUCCCCGCCCUCUUAUUCCCCGCCCUCUUGUUCCCCGCCCUCUUGUCCCUCGCCCUCUUGUUCCUCGCCCUCUUGUUCCCCCUCCUCUUGUUCCCCGCCCUCGUGUUCCCCGCCCUCUUGUUCCCCGCCCGUAUAUUCUCCGCCCUCUUGUUCCCCGCCUUCGUGUUCCCCGCCCUCUUGUUCCCCGCCCUCCUGUUCCCCGCCCUCUUGUUCCCCGCUCUCUUGUUCCCCGCCCUCUUGUUCCCCGCCCUCUUGUUCCCCAUCCUCGUGCUCCCCGCCCUCUUGUUCCCCGCCCUCUUAUUCCCCGCCUUCUUGUUCCCCGCCCUCGUGUUCCCCGUCCUCGUGUUCCCCGUCCUCGUGUUCCCCGCCCUCGUGUUCCCCAUCCUUAUGUCCUGUACCCGGCACAAUAAUGUAAUGCUCUAA